CAAGAACAGAGAUCAUCAGUAUAACUAGCUUCUUUACUCACUAUGUCUUCAGAACGGCUUCUUGAAGGCACCAUGUUAGGGGUUGUUCUCAUCCUAUUCGUUGGGCAUGCUCUUGCUGUACCAAUAGAUCAGCUUCCGGACUUCGAUGAGGCGUACCCGGAAGAAAACCCUGGCCUCUUCGAGGGAGAUAUCAUUCUCAUGCCAGGACAAAACCCCAACGACAGAAAUGCGAGAAGAGACAAAAACUACCGAUGGCCAAAUGGCGAAGUUCCUUUCGAAAUUGACACCCAUCAUUUCUCAUCGUCUGAGGAGAGUACCAUUCAUACUGCCAUGCAGACAAUUCAUGAGAAGACCAAGGUCAAUGGCAAAGCGUGCAUCACUUUCAAACCCCGCACGCAUGAGCAUGCCUACAUACGAUACGCGGGAGGAUCGGGGUGCCAUACUCCUGUAGGACGUCACAGUGGCUUGGAUGUCGUGACUCUCGGCAGUGGAUGCAUGAGGUUAGGAACCGUCAUGCACGAGACCAUGCACUCCCUUGGGUUCUGGCACGAGCAGAGUCGUCCCGACAGAGAUAAUUACAUCACUAUUGAAUGGAGCAACAUCGGGAAGGGCCAUGAACACAACUUUGACCGUAAAAGCUCUGUAGAAGCCGACACAUUUGGGAUUCCUUAUGACUACGAGUCCGUGAUGCAUUACAACGCUUAUAGCUUCGCUAUAGACCGCUCGAAGCCAACGAUCAUCGUCAAAAAGACAGGGGUGUCGAUUGGACAGAGAACCCACCUUAGCCCUGGGGACAUUAAGGAAAUACAAAUCUACUACGACUGUGCAACUCAUUCGGGGAAACGCAACUCAAAUCCUUCUAUGUCCUCUGAAACAUGCAAUUUCCAAACUGAUCUCUGCAAAUGGCAGAAUGGUGGAGACAUUAACUGGAUCCGUACCAGAGGAAGCACUCCGACCUCACACACAGGACCCACGACUGAUAACUCCGGGUCAUCAAGCGGUUACUAUGCCUACCUUGAAGCAUCGGGAAAUGAACACAAGAAAGGCUACCUCUUGUCCGAGACAUACGCUGCAGGCAACUACUGUCUGAGCGUCUACUACAGCAUGCAUGGCCACGACGACGGAAGUCUGAAACUAGGGUUGCAAACAGGAGGCCAUGAUACGAACUUGCACACUGUGUCUGGUGAUCAGGGUCACGGAUGGCAUCACUACAUGACCAACCUCGAAGUUAAAACUGGGGAUUUCAAGGUUAAAAUAGUGGGCGACAUUGGCAGUGCCCACAGAAGUGACUUUGCCAUUGAUGAUCUGACUGUUACCAAAGGCGACUGUUCUUCACUAUAGCAGAGUUACUACCUGACGAGCGUGACUUCAUUAAGAUAUGAUUCUUAUUUCACGGAAUGUCAAUAAACUGUAAUGUUAUACA